AUGGACCGGGGAAUCUCCGACAUGAAAGGACAGCACCGACACAGACGUCGGACGGGCAUCACAUUCGCCCUCGCCCUCCCUGCCUCCCACUCCGGCAGGAGAUUAGAGUGCGAGAGUACGUACGUUGCCAUGGCCACGCCUGCCGACUCUUCUCCGGCGCCGCACGUCCUGGUCGUCCCGUGCCCGGCGCAAGGCCACAUGCUGGCGCUCCUCGACCUCACAGGCCUCCUCGCGUCCCGGGGCCUCCGCCUGACCGUCGUCGCCACGCCCGCCACCGCGCCACAGCUCGCGCCGCUCCUGUCCGCGCAACCCGACGGCGCCGUCCGCGCGCUCACGCCCCCGUUCUCUUCCCACCACGCCCUGCCCGCGGGCGUCGAGAGCGCCAAGCACCUGCCCCCGGCGCUCAUCGUCGCCUUCGCGGACCUCCGCGGCCCGCUCCUCUCCUGGGCCCGCGAACGUGCGGACGGUCCCGACCGCGUGGUAGCCGUGCUCUCCGACUUCUUCUGCGGCUGGACGCAGCCGCUGGCGGCCGAGCUCGGCGUCCCGCGGGUGGUGUUCUCGCCGGACGCGGUGUGCGGCACCGCCGUGCUGCAGUCGCUGUUCCGCCGGAUGCCCCGCCGCGAGGACGAGCGCGACGACGACAGCCCCAUCGCCUUACCCGACCUCCCGGGCGCGCCGGCGUUCCCGUGGCGGCAGAUGUCGGCGCUGUAUCGGACCGGACGUUCCGGCAGGGCGACGACGUCUCCGAGAGCCCGCUGGCGUGGCCGAUGA